AUGAACGACGCACUCUUGAAGUCUCAGUUUUUUAUCUACGGAUGUCUCGUAGCGACUUUUGUUUGGAUUUUGUGGACCUACUCCAAGAGAGACUCUUCUAAGACGCAGAAAAAGAAUAGGCCAGUGUUGCAACGAUACAUUCGCGACGAAACGCAGCCCGUUUUUCCAAACGGCUGGAUCCCGCUUCUCCUCUCGUCCGAGCUGAUAAUCAACAAAGUGAAGUCCCUAAAUGUUUUGGGAGAAGAACUGGUUGCGUUCCGAACUCAAGAUGGCGUCGCCCACGUGAUGGACGCCUACUGUCCCCACCUGGGGGCAAACCUGGGCGUGAUGGGCCGUGUUGUGGGAGACUGCAUCGAGUGCCCUUUCCACGGAUGGAGGUUCAGAGGAGAAGACGGUGUUUGCACGCACGUGCCUUACGCUAGUAAACGUACGAAUUUUAUACCUUUUGCGGGCCCAGAUGUUGAUCUUUAUGUAAUCUAUAUUUGUGAUUUGAUUUAUGUGCUAAAUGUUUGCGUUACCCCAUCCUGCGAACUCUACGGGGGCAGGGACAUUGUCAAGACGCCACGUUACCUUCUAAUAUUCUGUCAAAUUCUUGAUUUUCCAACAGAUCCCGAAUUCGUGAAAGCUAAGACGUGGAUCUCCAAGGAAGCCUACGGCUUACUUCUGGCAUGGUACCACGCAGAUGGCAAAGAGCCAACGUGGGACGUGACUGAGCACCAGGAGAUUACAAGUGGACAGUGGAGGCGAACUGGCUUGUGGGAGAAACAAAUCUUUGGUUACAUGCAGGACAUUACUGAAAACGGAGCAGACAUCCACCACUUCAGACAAAUCCACAAGGCUUCACCGUUUGUAGGACCUCAGGAGUACGAGCGCGUUGCGGGCAACUCGUGGGCGUGUCGCGUAAUGACUUUCGACUAUGACAUCACAUGGUCUGAGCACGGCGUCAAAGUUUGCGUUAACACAGAUCUGCGAGUGAAACUGUUUGGUUGGAACGUUGUCACAUAUCACGUUGUGGUUUGGCAACUGGGACCGGCCUUGAACGUCGCGCAAGCCUCCAGUCCGUUCGGUAAUCUUUUUUACGUCUUCUCGUUCACGCCCCACGGUCCCCGUGAUAUCCGAGGCAUCAUCCAGACCUACGCCGAUCGCAGCCUGCUGUGGCCAAUCCGGAGGUUUAUGGAAAGUGGUACUUUCUCCAUGGUCGGUCGGGACGUCAUCAUAUGGGAUCACAAGACCUUCCUGAAAAAUCCUGCUCUGGUGAAGGAGGACGCAACCAUUAAAUCUUUCCGGAAGUGGUACUCGCAGUUCUACAGCAGCAAGAGUCCGACGUGGCGAGAUGUGAGAGAGAAGACCGUAGACUGGUAA